AUGAUUUGUACUUACCCGAAAUGUGGAACAACAUGGAUGCAAAAUAUUGUACAUUUGUUAUUGCAUAACGGGGAACCAUUUGCAGCAGGUUGUACAUUAGAUGAUGAGAUGCUAUUUCUUGAAUAUGAUAGUAGGGUAUCUUCUAGCGAUUUGUCCAUAUUAAAAACACAUCUACCAUUAAACAUGUUGAGUUGGAGUGAACAAGCGAAGUACAUUGUAAUCGCUCGCAAUCCUAAAGAUUGUUGUGUUUCAUUUUUUCAUCAUACACGUGGUUAUGUGGAUUAUUAUGAUUAUGCACAUGGUACAUUUGACGAUUAUUUUCCACGAUUUCUUAAUGGUCAAGUUGAUUUUGGUAGUUUCUUCGACCAUUUCGCAUCAUGGGAACCGAGAUUCAACGAUCCAAAUGUCUUCUUCUGCACAUAUGAAGAGAUGAUUUGUGAUAUCAAGGACAUUGUUCUACGACUUGCCAUGUUCUUGGAUGUCAAAUUGGGCGAUAAUCUUUUGGAAAAAGUUAUUCAACAUAGUUCAUUUAAAUCUAUGAGAAAAGACGAAAAGGUUUUCACUGGAGAAAGUCCCAAAGAUACUUUUCGAUUUAUUAGGAAAGGUGAAAUAGGUGAUUGGCAUAACUAUUUCAACGAAGAACAAUCAAGACUUAUCGACAUGAAAGUGAAGCAAUAUCCAUUGAUGAAAAAGUUGUGGGCAAAAUAUAUCUAA